ACGGUAUUGUUGUUUAAACUAUUGAAUAGAUUGGUUUACUUUCCGCUUUUGUUUCUAACAUGAACCCAAACACAUGGGAAAUAUCUGAAACGAUUCCACUAAAUUUAUCCUAUACGGGACAUUUACUCGAGCGAAACACUAUUGUAGUUAAAACUCUUCAAUGGACCGGUUUACAUUUUGUGUUUGUCCUUCGCUUGUUCUCAAAUAACUAAAAGGAUACAUCAAUAAAAAUAUGGAAGCACUGGAAAAUUAAUAGCUUCGAAACGGGACGCCAGUGGUAGGGAUUUUUAUUUAUAAUAGGAUAUUUCAGGACGUGAGAAUUAAGUAUCGUGUAUGCAACUAUCGGGUUUAUUUAGAAGCAAGCACUACAUUGUUUUGUUUUGAAUUUGAUCGCAAAGAAUCGAAUACGCGUCAACAUACGUGAUUUCUGUUUUAUGGAAUGGAUGUUUUUAUAUAUAUUGAAUAUCAAUUAUCAUGAUAUUCAACCAAAGCGGUAAUUAUUCGCCUUUCCAUUUCUGUAUGUCCAAUUGCGGCUAUUAUCGACGGUAUAACGUUUUAUAUUGGCAAGUAUAGACUGUGCACUUAUUUACGAAUAUAGUUUUAUGGAACUAGUCUAGAAUUACUAUCAUUGCCGAGUAAGUCGAGAUUAAGGUAUAAAGAAUAAAUAACGGAAAAUUAAAAUACAGUGAAUCUUUAGGUAUUCUUAAAUAUAUGCGGCAGUUUUAUGUAUUGCUCUUAUUUCCUUAAGACCAAACAAUCUUGUUAUUUCUGGAUAUUGAAAUCUGUGACAGGUGAAUUGUUUUAAUGAUCAUGAAAUCUAAAUAUAGGAACGGAACGCUUGAGUGAAUGAUGCGCGAAAAAAUAGUUUCUUGUGAAAUAUGGAUUUUUAUUUAAUUGCGUGCUGAAUGACUUUUUAUAGAUUUAAUAUAUUUUUAAUUUGUUGUGUAACAGAAGUAAGAGGGUUCUUUCCCUUUCUACAAUGAAACUGCAAAACCGGAAAUUAAAGGAAUUGCCAGGAAUUUAUCAAAUUACAUUGCUAUGACCUAGCAAAUAUCUUCGUAUAUUACUUUAUUAAUACGACAAGAAUAUGUAAUGGCAGUGAAUGUUUCUGAAAACAACUUUAAAAUAACAUAUUUGCAGUUUUGCUCAAAAUUGGAUGCAGUAAUAAGAAACUAGGUGUGUUGAUAUUAAGCGAUGCACCUGCCAUACAUGAAAAACAUUAUAUGAAAUAAUUUCUAGGAUUUAUUAAAUGUUAUUAAUCAAGAGAAGAUUUACUAAAGUUUAACAAAAUAUGAUGUACUCACAUAAAAAUUUACUAUUAAUAGUUGUACGGUAAAUUUGAAAAAGGGAAAACAACAAACAAACAUACUUCAAACAAGAAGUGUUUCGUAGAAUUCGUAUUGGCGAACAAGAGAGACGUACAAUUUUGGAAACAUUUUUAAAGUGUAUUAUAUCGCUUUUUUAUGCAAACUGUAUUUUGUGAGUCAAAAUAGACAUAUUCACUUUAUUAACAUUUAAUGCGGUGCCUUAUUUGAAGACAUAGCAAAUUGACAGGCUGUUGUUUGUUUAUGCAUUUUAGUAUUAGUUUCCUUGAUCAGAUUACUAUUAGCAUAGUUCUGUAUAUUAUCAAGAAACAGUUGAUCAUAAUAUUCUAGUUUUUACAUGAUCUAAUUGGACGGAAUUGGAUGAAAUUUACUCCGAACUGGAAAGCUUUCAGUAAAAGAUUACGGGUCGAGCUUGUCGACAUGCACGAGUAUUCGAAGCUUGACAGUGUAUUGGGUAGUUUUGCGACCUACGCACGGCUAAAGGGCCGAUACGAUGACGACUGGAUUGAUAGAUUAAACCAUCUUUAUACGACAAUCAUAUUCAUCAUCUUCACAAUCGUUGUCAGUACGAAGCAGUAUGUGGGCGAACCCAUUCAUUGCUGGUGCCCGGCGGAGUUCACAGAUGCUAUGGUGGACUACACAAACAAUGUUUGUUGGGUGUCAAAUACGUACUUUGUGCACUUUGAUAAUCCGUUACCCAGCUACAGUUUCACGAAAAAAGAGACUGAAAUUGGUUACUAUCAGUGGGUCCCAAUGAUUCUUCUCUUCCAAGCAUUGUUAUUUAAGAUUCCAUGCAUAUUGUGGCGUAUAUUGACGGCGUCGGCGGGAGUCAACCUUGACAAGAUUGUUACAUUAGCAGCAGAGACCCAGUAUAUCUCGCCGGAAGAGCGUGAAAGAACAAUUCGACAUAUCGUGAAAUAUAUGGACCGUUGGUUAGAAAAUGCGCGGGAAUACAGGUCAGGCUGUUUUAUACGGCUGCGGCAGACGAUAUCAAAAUUCUGCUGUAUCGUCUGCGGUAAGCGUUACGGAAACUACCUGGUGACUAUAUACAUGUUUAUAAAAUUAUUAUACAUGACCAACGCCGUUGGACAACUGUUUAUAUUAAAUGAAUUCCUCGGGACUAACUAUAAUGCAUAUGGGUUCGAGAUCAUGGGGAAACUGUCACGUGGAGAAGACUUUGAAGAAAGCCCACGUUUUCCCCGCGUGACGAUGUGUGAUUUUAACAUACGUCAGUUAAAUAACGUUCAAAAGUAUAGCGUGCAGUGUGUUUUACCCAUUAACCUGUUUAAUGAGAAAAUUUUUAUGUUUAUUUGGUUCUGGUUGGUGGCCGUGUCGGUUCUAAGCACGGCAAAUUUUCUUAUUUGGGCCUAUAUAAUGAUAUUCAGACAGCAUCGUAUUCGGUACAUGAAGAAAUUCCUGCGCGUCAACGAUUGUUAUAAAUCGGAGCUGGAUAAGAAAAUGGCUGUGAAAUUUUGUGAACAGUAUCUUCGCCAAGACGGAAUUUUCGUCCUCAGACUUGUGGGUAAAAAUGCAAAUGACGUUUUAGUGUCAGAGUUAAUUGUCCAGUUAUGGCACUAUUACAGGAAUAAACCUUUAUUUAAACACGCAACCAACCAGAUAUCAGACGAUAAUUCGAACGUUUGACUAACCGUUCGAAAGAUUCUCGGAAUUCUAAAAGCUCAACAGCACGUCCUUAGUGAGAAAACGCAAGCGGAACUCAAUGAAUUGAUAGAAAAUGACCGAUACAUUCCGAAUGGCGGUGUUGUCCAUUCCAGUUUCUCGGAAACGGAAGUUUAGAAGACACAUAGAUGGCGCUACGAUAGCAAAAUGGCGUCAGUAGCUUUUGUUUAUAUUCUCUUGCAACCAAAGAGAAAGUGCUAGCUUUAGCGAGGUUGUUAAAAAUGCAUUUUAUUGUAAAUAAGAGUGCAAUAUUUGUAGAUAAACACCAUGAGAUAACUCCCGUAUAGCAUGCUCCUUCAGUUGUUUUGUCCCGAGAAAUAAACGUGUUCGUGCAUUGUCUUGUACUAUGUGUAAGGUGUCUACGUCAUCAAAAAAUAUAUGCAGACCCAGACAUGUUUACACGCUCUCAGUAUUUUAACCAAUCAGCGUAUAGGGGCGGUGGCCAAGUGUCUGUUCUCAAAUCACAACUAUGUUUCACUACAAGGGAUCCAUGCAAGAUCUUUGUUCAAAGAAAAAAUUAAAUGCUAAAAAUAUAUUAAAUAUACAAAAGAAUAAUUAUUUUUCAUUGGCGAAUUUCUAGAACAUAUUUUUUACAUAUUUUGGCAACUAAAUUCAUGUGUCAACAAAUAAUUAUAUCAUUUCCUUUCUAUCUGAAGUAACAAUCAAUUGAUAUAAAUCAAAAUGAAAUUUUAUAGAAAGAAAAUCACUUAAAACUAUGGAACAGGCAUCUGUUAGGAAGAAAGCGUUUAUUUAUUUAUUUAUUCCUAAAAUGUAAUAUUUAUUACUUAAGUUUUCGCAUCAAAGAAAAACAAAAGUUUGUUUAAAAUACUGAUUGCACGUAAAUCAUGGCGGCGUGCACAAAUGCAAAGGAAUUAUGUUGAUAAAAAAGUAUUUCAAUUAUAUACUAAACAAAUGUUGUUUAGUAAAAUAUGCAUAUAUAUACAAGCAUAUCAUAUAAAUGUAGAGUCAUAGGGUGUGUAAUGUGUAUUGCAAUGUUUCAUGAUGUUGUUUUGAUUGAGGAUGGGAGGGGGUCGUAUCAAUUUUGUCAAUAUUUUUGUUCCUCUUUUCAAUUGUGAACCAAACAUUUUAGAAAUACGAAUGAUUAAAUUGAACAUUUAAUAGAACUUUCAACCUACACGAUGAAGAUGCAAUUAAAAUGUAGAAAAAAAUCAUGAACAACUGAUAUUAUUUCAAGAAAAAAAUUGUUUGAUCUAAUACGUGCUUAAACCUAUAUAUUACGAGGUCUUUGUAUAAUUUAAAGUAUCCCCUCAGACGCGUUUAUUUAUGCAGCUACGCCCCUGGUAUUUGUAUAAAUUCAUAGUUCAUCUGAUCACAAAAUAAAAACAACAUUAAAUAUUUUUACAUAUUUUAUAACGUCAUUACAAUGACAUCAUUCUAAUCAACCCAAAUGAAUUGUAUCUAUCCCAAAGUUAUCAAUUUAACCCAAAGCUUUGUAUUAUUUUGUUAAGCUGUUGAAUAACCCUUAUUUAUGACUUAAAUGUUUCUAUUCCGGCACCGCAUAUUGUACACAUAUUCUGUUAACAGUUAAUGCCUUUUACAUAAUGUACAUUAAAGACAUUGAAAGAGGACAUAUCUUAAAAAUUCUAAUUUGUAACUCGACUUUUUUAUUUCAUUUUCUAGUAAGAAAGGGAAUUAGGAUGUUUGAAAACGUUUGAAUGAUAUUCAUUUUAAUUUAUUUGGUGCCAAAAUGGUUGAACUACGUCUGAAUGCUUGCGCACUUUCUGCUUUCUUAACCCUUAGCCUUCCUAUAGCGACCACAUUAGUCUUUGAAAGAAAAAGCUUGGUUGUUCAGCAGUCGCUUAGUAUCUAAGCAGGUACCAUGCUUUAUUAUUAUUUCAUCUUCUUCUUGUUUAAAUU